CCGCGUUGCCUUGACGACGGCUGACGCGUUGGCCCUAACUAGGGAAGCUGCUGAGUUCUGGAGAGCCGCAGAGUGGACCCUGCAGGCGGGAGAGUAUGAAGAGCCGGUGCCUGUGUCAGAUCUGCACUUGCGGGCGACAUCGUUGUCCACACGAGACCACAAGGAUUUAUGAGAAGUCUGGCGUGUACUGCCCAACCACUGAAUAUUCGGAAAAGUACCCUACCUAUGGCAGUGUUCUUCCAGCUCAGAGUCUUAAACCCAAGCAAGGAUUUCAAGCAUACCGUGGUAAAAUGGAAGGAAUGACGACAUUUAAAUCAGACUACCGUCCGUAUGAAAUAGCCCAACAGCCUCGCCACGCGCCGGAAGAAUACACGCCCAAACAGGGGCAGAUGGACCUGGACACCACCUACAAGCAGGAUUUCAGUUCUCACAAGGUGCAGCCCGUGGCAAUAGUCCGGCCUUUGGAGAGACCACAGGUUACGAAAGGGAAGUUGGACACUGUCCCAACCUAUAAAGAUGAUUACAGAGCUUGGGACAUUCGGAGAAGUGAACUUAGCAAACCAGAACACACUUACUCUCCCCCUACUGUGAAAUUUGGAAAUUCCACUACGUUUCAGGACGACUACGUGGCCCAGGAGAUGCAGCCCAGGCAAACCUUCAAACCCGUCUCUGCAGUCAAACCUCCCACAGCCCCCUUUCACGGCGACACGAGCCACCGCCUGGAUUACGUGCCUUACCAGCUCGAGUCCAAGGCUGCGCAGCCCAGAGCAGCCCACAGGCCCCCCGACCAGCCCUUCGAGGACCUCACCACGCACCGAUGUGCCUUCCAGGGUCUCCUUGGCGAGAGUGCAAAAACCUGCAGGCCCGCACACACCUGGGCGACCCCCAAGGCUCCGUUUGAGGGAAGCACCGAGUUCCGGGACAGUUUUCAGCCCUGGGAGAUCCCAGCCCCAGGAGUCAGGAAGGAGCCGGAGUACGCGCCCCCCGCGGGCGCCAUGCAGCUGCGCAGCACCAGCCAGCUGGACUUCGUGCCCCACCGGGCGGCCCGCGUCGCCCCCAUCAGGCCCGCGUCCCACAGGAGAAAUCAGAAGUGUCCUUUCCAAGGGAAAAGCACCACGCAGGAGGAUUUCCCCGCGUGGGAAGGUUGUCGCCGGGGCCUCGUGAAGCAGCAGCAGCAGAUUCGCCGCUCCUCCGGGAGGUUCGAGGGCGUGAGCACCUUCCGAGCUCACUACGUGCCGCACACGCUGGUCCCGACGGAGAGCUGUAAGCCCGUCCACGCCCCCUUGCGGAGUUCCCGCCCCUUCGAUGACGUGACCGUGUACGCCACGGAGUACGCGCCCAAGAAACCGGAGGUCUGCCCCGCCAGCCGCGCGUCCCCGCCAGGCUACGUCUACGAACACACGGACGCCCGGGGCCACCGAUUCUUCCGCAGCGUCACGCCCCCUGGUGGAGGCCUCCCAGCCGGCAAGUCCUGCGGGCAGCGAGGCUAG